GGGAGGGAUGUGGAUCGUGGGGUCACGGAUGCUCUCGUAUAGACGCUAGCCUCAGUCUAUCUUGAGUCUAGCGGUGUAUGUAUCAUCCUUCGCACACAAAUCCUCUGUUCGGCCAUCCUUUGGUCUAAAGGACGAUGUCGGAAGCCCGGUGGAUAAGGUACCUUGGUGAUCAUAUCGCCCUCGUUGUCUGAUGCAUGUUCAAGCAUCUCCACAUUUCAUCAUCCUAUGAAGGUUUGACUGAUUUGCCCACCUCGUCAGACCACCUUCAACGACCCGAUCUCUUGGCAAGGACCCCCGGCCUCCCCUGAUGCACACCGUCCCACCUGGGUCUAACUCCCCUACGGCCGGCUCGACCAUCUCGGAGAUUAUGCUGCGUCACGAUACAGGUCAUAAAGAUGACAAUACGGAUACAUUCAAUGAUGGAGCUACAGAGACGGACAACAGGAGCUUGAUGACAUUUUGCAAGUCGAUCCCAUUUACAUGCCGGGACGUUCGAACAAUGGCUCACCAUAUGGACUCGGACUCAGCUACAUUCUCCAUGACUAGCAGUAUGGAGAACGCCAUAUUUCGAGAGGACGCUGGGAGACGGUUUCAAGCUACCAAUGAUGAUUACUCGCUGCCAGCGGACGAGCUCGAGUUCGCAAGACUAGACUAUCAGCACUUCGGUCUCAAGGCGCGUGCAUCGCCCACACAGCUGUACCACGACAAGAACUACCUCGCACCCAUACCUGAAGCCUUGAAAGAUGAUGGGACGGGACAACGAAAGAGAGGUCUGGAUAUUGGUGCAGGUACCGGAAUCUGGGCGAUCGAGAUGGCGCAAGAAUUCCCCAGCGUCGACUGGACGGCCCUCGACUUGAUCCCUGUUCAAAGAGAUGGGACACCAGACAACCUCCAUUUCAUGCAAGAAGACGCAAGUAUCGGUAUCGGUUUCCCGGAUGACUACUUUGAUUGCGUCCAUGCCAGAGCCCUUAUCGCCGGGAUGCGAAACUGGCCCAAAUUCAUCGAAGAAGUCAUUCGUGUGACUCGACCAGGAGGCUUGGUGGUAUUCAUCGAGCCAAACCUCCCUAUGGGCCUGUAUAAAUCCACCGCCGAGGAAACGCGGGCCGUGACUCCGGGAGCUUAUGCCUUUGCGGAUGUCAUGGCAAGAGCGUUCACGCGCAGAGGAUACGAUAUCAAUGCUGCGUCCAAAACCAUUCUCUCAGUUCUCAAAGCGAACGAUCUUGUAGAUCGGGUCGAACAGGUCGAAGCGUCUUUCCCUUGUUCUCCCUGGGCCGUUGAGCCCAACUGGAAGAAAUCUGGGAUCAUGAUGAAGUUCAAUGCCAUCAGCGUUCCGGAGACCACAAAGGUGCUCAUCAUGGAUGCUAUGGAGAUGCCGCAGUACCAAGUUGAAGCGCUAGGCAAAGCCUACGUAGAGGAUAUCGAAGCGGGACAUCGUCUGGUGUAUCCCAUCUAUCACAAUUGGGCUUGGAAGAAGGGCCUGUGAAGAGUCUAUGCCGUCUCAUCGAGCAUCGGCUUCUCGUGUCGAGGGACCUGAUGAAAUGACUGGAUGUCAAUUGCAUGCCUUGUCAACUCACCAGCAGUGUAAAGGUGCGAGAGUAGUGGAGUGACUCGUGAUCAUAGACCACGUACCGCGUGUGGGAUAUUCUCUGUGCGGUUCCUGUCAAGUCCGUCGUCAGACGAAUCGAAUGCUCUC